AUGCGCAAAGAAGGUACCGAAAUGCAAAGCGACACGCCAGACCCCCAGCAAUUCUUCACGCCCGCGCCUACCCCACCGCUCAACAUCACCGCGCCUGAGACAAAUGCGAUGCAGACUCCCAAGACAUACAGACGGAAGAGGCCACCCACGACAUCGAGCAGUCUUACCAUCUUUGAACCUCGGCUCUUCGCUGUUAUGCCCGAAGCCGCAGCCCACGAGCUCAUCAACACUAUGCGCUUGAUUCUCACCAGAGGUGGCCAGAAGAAGCACUUGCUGGCACUGUGGACGCAGAGAAUCAAAGAUAUCCUCCAGAGGCUGGAAAUCCGCGAGGUAAUCAGGGUGUAUAAUGAGUUUGCGACUGCGCAUGAUCAUCGAGAAGAGAGGUUGUCGUACAAGCUGCCUUUAGUCGAAGAAUUGGCAGAGGAGAAAGAAGAGGCGGAGAAGGUCGAUGAAGCACACGACAAUAUUGGAAGCCAUGGUGCACCCGAAGAGAUUGUGAGGGAGGAUGCUGCUGCCGACGAUGCACUGCAAAAGAAAGCCAGAUCUGAGGUCGCACAGGACCUAGAUGUCCACAUGGAAAACUUACCUCUAGCAAGAAACCUCCAACCUGUCACGAUCGAACAUGCCAACCCAAAGACAGCACUUUCGCCUCCAUCCUCAUCGCCGGUACCACCACAUGCUCCGAUCGUUUCUGGAGGUGUCGCAUGCGAAAGGCAUCCUCCCGGUACCUGCACGGUUGUACGAAUCCACGAUUUCAACGCUUUUCCCAUGACAAAGGUCCAAGAAAUCCAAGCCGACUAUUACCCAAGGGCUAUCAUCAUUGCUAUGUGCGUACACCGCGACAACAACAACCAGGUCACCCAGGUAGCAGCAAGUAUGGAUAAUGGACCAGUCAACUUCCUCCUCAUCAGCGACCCGCGCAUCAUUACGUUCCUCGGUUUCGGCCAGCCACCAUACGAUCGCAUCUGCCUCCAACCCAACCUUCGCCUAGAUGAGACAUACCAAAUCUAUAUGUACCCAGGUGUAGCAUCGCGGGAUUCGAAGGCUUGGCGAGUUGGCGAGUUGGUAUCGGCGCGCCAUGCUUAUCUAUACUGGCUAGAUACCAGACAGACCGCAGACCCGAAAGCUCCGCCUACGGUAGCGGAGGCCAGGAUCUUAGCGCCUAAGAUAGGUCGCCGGGCUAAAGAUGUGUGGGAGGAGAUUGAGAGAUGUUGGAAUCUGGAGCAGGGUAGUAGUGGAAAGCGUUACCGAGAGAACAGGAUGGAGUAUCUCGGCGAGGACCCAGAGUAUCCUGAAGGAGAGGAGAGGAGAUCGCGGAGGAGUAUGUGGGUGUAA